UUGUCAUUCCGAAUUCUAUGGACUUGCUUUCUCACCUAUAGUCGUGAUCACCGUCGAUACCUCGAUCGGCUUAACAAAGCGGAGCGUCAAAAGCGUCGCAAUGAAGAGCUCAAAAAAGUCCACCAGAUUAUUGAUCUCGCCCGUUCUCUCGACCCUCGAAUCAUAGCUGCUGAAAAAGCUGCGAAAGACGCCAAAGAGGCCCGCAAACGUGCACGCCUUGAAGCCAUCCAACGACGAAAGGAUGAGGAAGAAGCUCGCGCUCAAGCGGAGGCCGCAGCAGCAGAGGCAGCCAUGGCGGCAGAUGCCGAGCGUCAACGUCUGGAAGCGGAGGCGCAGAAAAAGGAGAGGGAGCAGGCGAAGGCGCAGGCCAAGAAGGAAAAGAAGAGGCUAAAGAAUAUCUGCAUCAAUUGCUACGACCACUUUAUCGCUCCGGCUGUGAAUGAAAAUUCCUCCUUGGCUGCAGACGCUGUAAAGGUGCAAACUCUACAAGAUAUUGACCUUAUUUGCCAUGCGCUUUCUACUUUGGAGUGA